CACGUUCUAUUAUAAACAAUUUAAAUAAAAAUUUAACAUAGAGAAAGAAAUUAAAAAAAUCGAAAUGUUGAAAUUUCUAACGUUAUUAGUCGUUGCGAAUAUUUUCGAAUACGUUUCCGGUCAUGGUAUGAUGGUCAAUCCUGCUGGGAGAAGUUCUGUGUGGAGAUUUUACUCUGGAUAUCCAGCCAAUUAUAACGAUAAUGCCAAUUAUUGUGGAGGAAGAUGGACGUUUGUAUCUUCUGGAGGUCAGUGUGGAGUUUGCGGAGAUCCUUAUACAGCUGCACAUCCUCAACCGAAUGAGAACACCGGCACAUAUGGUAAAGGUAAAGUAACUGGUACUUACAAGUCUGGACAAGUCAUUGAUGUCAGUAUAACAUUGACCGCUAAUCAUUUGGGUUAUUUCUCCUACAGUUUAUGCCCGCUUUCUAAUCCAUCAUCUUACGAACCGGGAGAAAGCUGUUUUAUUCCAUUAAAAUUGGAGAAUGGAUCCGAUAAGCACUACAUCACCAGUUCUCAAUUUAACGUUGUCUCACGUGUUAGAUUACCAGCUGGGGUGAGAUGUGCUAGAUGUACUUUAAGAUGGAGUUAUACAGUUGCAAAUUCUUGGGGUGUUUGUGAUGAUGGUACAUCAGCGAUGGGAUGUGGCCUCCAAGAAACUUUCCGCUCAUGUGCAGAUGUGACCAUCGUAUAAGCUCGCAUUAUUAAUUAUCGAAUAAUGUAUUUAUUCAAUUUGAUUAUUAUUCUUUAUAAUAAUAAACAACCUCACUAGUUAUGUUUAUUUGAAACAAUAAA